UCGCGGCAAGGCGCGGCGAGGUGAAGCCGGCUGGCUGGGGCAGGGUCGGGUCGGGCCGGGCCCGCGUCGCGCGCGUGCCGUGCUGGCGGGAUCGGUGACGGACGCCACCACUGCUCCGGUCUCCUAGCCGGCCCCGCUCCCCGCCUGGCCCGGCUCGCCCAGCCCGGAGGGAGGCCCGGGGACCGCUGCUGAGAGCGUGGCGGGCGUGCGGGCGGCGCCCAAUCCCUAGGGCUGCCCGCAGGAGUGACGGUGGCUGCGGCCAAUCAGCGACUCCCGAGGGGGCUGGGCCGCGGGGUGCGGGGCCCGGGGCGCGGAACGGGCCGUGUUGGGGGUGGGGUGUAAGCGCUAGGGCCGGAGCCUGAGCUGUGUGGCCCUCGAGAGCUACACAAGCAGCCCCUGCAGUUGCCUUGUGCUUUGGGAACGCGUUUUCUUUUACUGACUCUUUUAUCCUAUUCUGGGGAGCACACCCCUUUCUCAAGCGCCAGACUAUGGGAGUGUCCCCUUUCUCUAUAGUUUUUAGAAAAUGUGGUCGGUGCACCCCGUUUCUUCAGCUCCAGCCCUGGGAUGUUAUCUAAAUUUCCAAAGCCUGCCCAAUUAAGGAUGUAUCCCUUGACCCACGACCCCCAAACUGGGAGGACACUACCUUUUCGAGCCUCCAGUCUGAGAGAAUAAAGGCAGCCCCCGUUGAUGACUGAAAAUGACAAAGCAUCCACCUAACAGACGAGGAAUCAGCUUUGAAGUGGGAGCCCAGUUGGAAGCCCGGGACCGAUUAAAAAACUGGUAUCCAGCUCACAUAGAAGAUAUUGAUUACGAAGAAGGAAAAGUACUCAUCCAUUUCAAGCGUUGGAACCAUCGUUAUGAUGAAUGGUUCUGCUGGGACAGUCCUUACUUACGCCCUUUAGAGAAAAUACAGCUGAGGAAAGAGGGCUUACAUGAAGAGGAAGGAUCAUCUGAAUUUCAAAUAAAUGAGCAGGUCCUUGCUUGCUGGUCUGAUUGUCGUUUUUACCCAGCCAGAGUCACUGCUGUUAACAAGGAUGGUACUUACACUGUGAAAUUUUAUGAUGGAGUAGUUCAGACUGUCAAACAUAUUCAUGUCAAAGCUUUUUCGAAAGAUCAGAAUAUUGUGGAUAAUGCUAGGCCUAAAGAAACAGAACACAAAAGUCUUUCAUCAUCUCCUGAUAAACGAGAGAAGUUUAAAGAGCAGAGAAAAGCCACAGCCAAUGUGAAGAAAGACAAAGAGGACAAAGCCUUAAAGACAGAAAAGAGACCCAAACAGCCUGAUAAAGAAGGAAAGUUAAUCUGUUCUGAAAAGGGGAAGGUGUCAGAGAAGAGCCUUCCCAAGAACGAGAAAGAAGAUAAGGAGAACAUUUCAGAAAAUGACAGAGAGUAUUCUGGAGAUGCUCAAGUGGAUAAGAAACCUGAAAAUGACAUUGUGAAGAGUCCACAAGAAAACUUGAGGGAGCCAAAAAGAAAGCGAGGCAGACCCCCUUCCAUAGCUCCUACUGCUGUGGACUCAAACUCUCAAACUUUGCAACCAAUAACAUUGGAAUUGAGAAGACGGAAGAUAUCAAAAGGAAGUGAAGUCCCAUUAAAACGUCCUCGGCUUGACAAAAAUUCAUCCCAGGAAAAGUCAAAAAACUACUCGGAAAACACUGACAAAGACUUAUCAAGGAGACGGUCCUCCAGGCUGUCCACUAAUGGGACCCACGAGAUCCUAGAUCCUGACUUGGUUGUAUCAGAUUUGGUUGAUACGGUUACUACUGAUCCUUUGCAAAACACAUCAUCUGGUACCAAGGAGUCUGAAGAAGGUCAGUUGAAAUCUCCUUUGGAAGCUGGCCAGGUCUCAUCAGCACUAACUUGCCACUCCAUUGGGGAUGGAUUGGGGCCUGCAGGCUUGGAGUUGAACUGCAAGUCAAUGGGCGAAAACACUAUGAAAACGGAACCGGCUUCCCCCCUUGCUGAGUUACAAGAGAUUUCUACGGUGGCAGUAACAAAUACUUGUAAGAAAACAGAUGAUUUUGUGACAUCUAAAGCACCAGCUGUCGACCUAGAUCACAAGUUUAGGUGCAAGGUUGUGGAUUGUUUAAAAUUUUUCCGCAAAGCCAAACUGUUGCACUAUCACAUGAAGUAUUUCCACGGAAUGGAGAAGUCACCAGAGCCAGAGGAGAACUCAGGAAAGAGGCAUGUCCAGACGAGGGGCUCUUCAGCUUCAGACAAGGCCAGCCAGGAGAGCCUGACCAGGAAGCGGGUCUCGGCCAGUUCCCCAACUGCAAAAGACAAGGAGAAGAAUAAAGAGAAGAAAUUCAAAGAGUUUGUGAGGGUGAAGCCAAAGAAGAAAAAGAAAAAGAAAAAGAAAACCAAACCUGAAUGCCCCUGCAGUGAGGAGAUCAGUGAUACCUCCCAGGAACCUUCUCCACCCAAGGCAUUUGCUGUCACCAGGUGUGGGUCCUCACACAAGCCCGGGGUCCAUAUGAGCCCACAGCUCCAUGGCUCAGAAUCUGGAAACUACAAAGGGAAAGUGAAAAUGUCCGAAGAUAAUCUGAGUGACUCCUCCUCCGAGAGCUUUCUUUGGAGCGAUGAGGAGUAUGGCCAAGACGUUGAUGUGACCACUAACCCAGAUGAGGAACUUGAUGGGGAGGACCGUUAUGAUUUUGAAGUGGUCCGCUGCAUCUGUGAGGUUCAGGAGGAAAAUGACUUCAUGAUUCAGUGUGAAGAGUGCCAGUGCUGGCAGCAUGGGGUCUGCAUGGGAUUACUGGAAGAAAAUGUGCCUGAGAAAUACACCUGUUAUGUUUGCCAAGACCCUCCAGGUCAGAGACCUGGCUUCAAGUACUGGUAUGACAAGGAGUGGUUGAGCAGGGGACAUAUGCAUGGCCUGGCAUUUUUAGAAGAGAACUAUUCCCACCAGAAUGCCAAGAAGAUUGUGGCCACCCACCAGCUUCUCGGCGAUGUGCAGAGAGUGAUCGAGGUUCUGCAUGGCCUGCAGCUCAAGAUGAGCAUCUUGCAAAGCCGGGAACAUCCUGAUCUGCAGCUGUGGUGUCAGCCUUGGAAACAGCAUCUGGCGGAGGGGAGAUCUCAUUCCAAACACAUCCAUGUCACUGAAGCCAAGAGCAGGGAGGAAGCCCCAAGCUAUAGAACUUUGAACGGGGCGGUGGAGAAGCCUCUGCCCCUGCCCUUGCCCCGGUCUGUGGAGGAGUCAUAUAUCACCAGCGAGCACUGCUACCAGAAGCCCCGCACCUACUACCCUGCUGUGGAACAGAAGCUGGUGGUGGAGACCCGGCGCUCUGCCCUUGACGAUGCAGUCAACCCCCUCCACGAGAAUGGUGACGAUUCCCUCUCUCCGCGCCUGGGCUGGCCUCUAGAACAAGACAGGAGCAGAGGGGACAGUGACCCCAAACCCAGCUCCCCAAAGGUGAGGGAAUAUGUCUCCAGAAAGGUCCUACCUGAGGAAGCCCCCGCUCGGAAGCUGCUGGACAGAGGCGGAGAGGGGCUGCUGAGCUCCCAGCACCAGUGGCAGUUUAACCUGCUGACGCAUGUGGAGUCUCUUCAGGACGAAGUCACGCAUAGGAUGGACUCCAUUGAGAAGGAGCUGGACGUGUUGGAGAGCUGGCUGGACUACACUGGGGAGCUGGAGCCCCCAGAGCCUCUGGCCAGGCUUCCGCAGCUCAAGCAUUGCAUCAAGCAGCUGCUGACGGACCUGGGCAAGGUGCAACAGAUCGCACUCUGCUGCUCAACAUGAAACUGGGCACCCCACACUAAUGGGGGCACAAUCCUGGGGCACCUGCAGGAGGAGCUUCACAUAUUUAAAUAAAUAAACCUAGCAUGCCGAAUGCACGUGACACCGACUGACUUCAGGGAUCUGGGCAGGGGUGUGAUGGACUUGGACAAAGAGGCCGUUUUGGCUGCUGGAAGGGAGGGCACUCUGAUCUCGAAGCCUACCAAGAAGGUAGCAAAUAGACUCUUGGGAUUCCCUUCUUCUGUGCACAUUGUUGAAUGGAGAGUGAGUCUUUUUGCACAAACUUCACUUGAAAUCGUGCCACUGAUGAUAAAUGGAAUGAGAGCCAAAAAAGUUUAGUCGGAAACAGUUGUAAAUUCAACUUGCAGUUUAUUUAAUUGACUUUUCUGUCAGGUUGGGGCACAUGCCAAGCCUUCUGGUUUUCUGCCUGGCAUGAAUUUAGGCAGCAGGCAUCAUUUUCGUUUUUCCAGCUUCGUGGGAAUGUCGUGACUUCACCGUUCUGUGGAGGUUGGGAAGGAGCAGAGGCCUUGGCCGCCCUGUCUUCUUAGAACUCUUCACUUUCUCACCACCUCUCUUGCAUGACUUCAUGGUACCGGGGACAAGUUUUGUAUGCUUUCACCCCAGAAUUGGCUGGGUUGUGUCUUUUGUAGCAGAACCCAUACAGCCUGUGGAAGAACUAGAAUCUCACUGUAAUAAGAAUGUAGGAGGAAUUCCAGACUGAAGCAGGCAGGGUCUGGAACCCAAAGGACAGCAUUUUCUACCCACUUCUUGACAGCUUACCAGUUCUAUUUAAUGUCCAAAAAAUGGUUCCCCCAAAUUUGAACUCUCACUGUAAAGAUUUGUUACAAAGAAUGUGGUUUGGGGAAUUACCUUACUUUGUAUUGUUGUAAACAAACCAGAUUCUACAUCUGCUGCCGCUUUUCUCCUUCCCCGAAGGGUAUAUGUUCAGUAGUUGGCAUUUUCAGAAUUGUUUUAAUAUACUUUAACACUUUAAAUUUCCUGUUCGUAUUAUUUUGUGAGAUCAAGGUGAUUAUGCUGCUUAAGGUCCAGGUACAGUUUGUACCUUCUGAGACAAUAUUUGUUACUCUUCCAGGUUACGGUUCCACGUGUAAUUGUUUUGUUUUUCCUUACUAGGCAAAGUUAAAGAAAAUGUUCCAUGCUUUGAGGAGUGACCCAUUUUACCAUUUAGUUUUCCUAUCACUAAAGGCAAAAAUCAAAGCACAUCUAUCCAUUAACACUCACAAGUUAAUUAUGGGUUUAUGAAUCUGUAAUGUUAUAUGCUGCAAAUAUUUACUAUGUAAACGUGAAGUAGCCAAUAUCUCAAUAGCAAUGACAGUAUCUCCGGUGACCUUUGGGAUGGUUAGGCUUUAAGGUACAGGUCAUUGCAGUCACAAAGCCCUCUGUACCAAGAUCUGUUUCAAGGUAUGCUUUGUCUAGUAAUUUAACUCACCAUUUGAUAUAAAAUGAAUUUAGGACAAGUUGACCUGCUGUAGCUCAUCCAUCAGAGGGAAUACAUGUGGCUAUGACAUCUGUAAUAAAGCUGACACAAUUCCUCUGUAAGAGGUUGUUUCCCAUUGCUAAUGUUGGUGUUUCUGGUGUGGGAAGAAACGCUCAAGGAGUAUGCAUGGCAUCUGUGUUUUGCAUAAUUUAUCAGACGGCCACAUGAUAAGAACUGUGUGAAGCUUGUCUGAAAGGGGAAGAAACAGGAUGAUUUUCUGUAGCCACAACUGUGAGGUAUGGUGACUUAUUAGAUUACUGAUUUUUCUUUCCUGAAAACACAUUUGAGCAUAACUUCUGGGGAAGCUGUAACUUUAAGGGAGUCAAUCUCAUGUCUUUUUCAAGAUGAAAGAAGAAACUGAGUUACCCUAAUUUUGCCAAGUGGCCAUUAUUGAGUUUACUGUAUGCUUUUUGUAAAGGAAAUAAUCCCAUUUCACUCAUUGUGACCUUUGUCCUUAGGGAAGCAGGGGGUGACUCCAAGUUCUGAUAACCCCAGUGUGCUUCCCUAAUUUAAAGCCAUGUUGAGGGGCUCCAUCCCCAAUUCCUGGGUCAAGUUGAAUUAACCCCAGGCUGGAGCACUGGAAACUGUUAUUUGCAAAUAUUACUGUUACCAUUUAGAAAUAUGUACACUACCUAAGUUUUCUUUUGAGAAAAACUAUCCACCUAUUAAAAAAAUUGCCUUGACAAAAACAGUUCUGGUUUGACUAAUCAUUUUGUUUAAGUGAUGAGUGUAUGCAAGGUGGACCCUUGAUGAGCCAACAUUGCACUGUGGAUACAUAUCUAUGUUUACGCGCUAUUAGAACAGAAGGCGCUGUAUAUAGAAAUGUUGCUUUGAAGCAAUAUUUGCAAAACAUGCAAACUUCUGUAUCUGUAUUUGGAAAAAAUAAAACAGGUUUUUGUUGCUACGUUUCA